GGGAGAAAAAAAUUUAAAUUCAAUCUGAAGGAACAGUUAGUUGGUGAAAGUGUAACUGGCAGAGAGUUGGUAGACUCGUCGGUGAUAGUACAGCUGAGGGGGUGCAGACGUUCAAAUAGCGAGAGAGGGAGAAGCGGCGCAGACAUUCAAUUUUGUGGGAGAGUGGACAGUUGAUAGAGUGAGGGGUUUAUUUCUUUACCCAUCUCUCCGCUUGUGUGUAGAAGUUUCAGUGACCUGGUGUCCGCUUCCCAGGAAGAGUUUGGCAGUUGUCUGUUGUUACUCAACAGACACCUGGACUUUGCUUGGAUCCCUCACGAUAUAGAGAAAACGGGCUUCAACACACGAGUGUCCCAGUGAUCGACGGGUUUCAGGUGUUUGCUGUUUCCUUCCGCAGCCCCAGAGUCUCGACUUCAUUCGGGGUCUGCUCGCUGCAUUUCACGGGGCCCUGCUUGAAGCGAGGGGGACUCCUGGGAACGACCCGCUGCACGGAAAGCCGAGGCAAAAGAACAGGGAGAAAGAACCAAGACAUUGAGUAAGGACGAACAUCAGCCCAGAGCUUGAGGUGUCCAUUUGAAUGGACAGACUCCCCUAGCUUUCCUGUGCACUCUGAGCAGCCAUGGCGUCUGCACUGUUUAACGUUAACAUCAUGGACACUGGCCAGGAGGCUGUUGAUGUGAACCACUGUGACCUGGAGUUGGAAAGAAAAUAUCAACUCAUUCCAUCCAUUAUCUGUGCUAUGUGCUGCCUUUUUGGGAUCAUCUACUGCUUCUUCGGUUAUCGCUGUUUCAAGGCUGUCAUGUUCCUCUGUGGGCUGAUGUUUGGUUCCAUCAUCAUUUUCCUGUUGUGUUACAAGGAGCGUGUUCUGGACAUUCAGCUGAGCGUGGAGGCCAGUGCAGGCAUUGGUCUCGGCAUUGGAAUCCUGUGCGGACUGGUCACCAUGCUUGUCCGCAGUGUUGGCCUCUUCAUGAUUGGCCUCAUACUUGGCCUUCUGGUAGCAAUUGUCACCCUUAUCGUGAUGGAACAGUUCUAUCACCCACACACCAUCUGGAUUCCAGUGGGGCUUCUCAUUGGCCUUGGAAUGCUGUUUGCUGUCCUAACUUUACAAUGGCAAAAGCUUUUCACCAUUAUCUCCACUGCAGUCUUUGGUGGUGUCAUCAUUACGCUGACUGUGGACUAUUUCAUUGAGCUGUUUCUGUUGGUACAGUAUGUCUACGAGAGGCUUAAGAUUGCUCCCUCACUGCCCAUUUGUUGGUACAGUUGGGUAAUCCUUGGAAUCUGGCCUGUGAUGAGUAUGUUGGGAAUCUUGGUCCAGUGGAAACUAACAGCAGAGGGCUACUCGCAUACUGAAGUUAUCAUCAGUAAACGACAAAAGCGUGUGCAGUUGAUGAGAAUACGACAGAAAGAAGCUAAGAAGCGACGCAGAGUUUCUCAGGCGGAGGGCACGUAUCGCAGGAAGCCAUACCCAGUCAAGCGCUACGCUGGAGACAUCCUUUCACCGAGCUACAUCCAGAGUAUCCGGGAUCGGCAGACAGGAACAUCCAUGAGCAGUCUGAACACAAAUAUUCACACCAUCGUGGAUCUGGAUUAUGACUGUGGAUCGACAGUCCCACUCACAGCCACAACCCCCGUCGUCACAGCGUGAGCUAGGCACUAUUACACAGCAAGUGCUGCUCAAGGCUGUUAGUGAACAGCCGGUUUAUAUAGAUCCUACCAGGUGACUAGUAUUUAAUAUGUGGCAUUCUACUCUGAAGUCUCCGCACACCAUGAACUGUUUGCAUGUCUCCCUCUCUGAAUCACAGUUCCAGCAACUAUGAAACAGUGCAUCUUUCUUUCUCCUUUGAGUCUUCUAGUUUGUUGCCUACCUGUGUAUCACUUCAGUGACUUGACUGAGCGGGCUUGCAGGCCAGAAGAAACAAUGCAUCUGAUGAACAAACGGGCACAGAACCUAAUGCAAACCGCUCCACCUCAUCCUCCGUCAUGGGAGAUGUACCCGUACAUGAAGAAUAACCAAGACGUGUACAGCUCGUUUCUUGGGAUGAUGAACUCUAGCCUCUUUCGGGGCUGUGCUCUCGCUGUGUUUUCUGAUUAGCUUGUCACUUCUCACAGCUGUAGCUGUCAUCCACGGGCCAUUAGUGUGGCUUUUGUACAGAGCCAAAGCUCAUCUUCAACUGAUUCUAGUGAAUGUGCCAUUUCAUGUAUAAUCAAUUCAGCUGUUUGCUUUUAAACCCAGAAGGACUUAAUUCCCUUCUAAGCCUAUAUAUCAGCUUAAGUCUAUUGUUGUUCAGUCCAAUUUUAAAGCAUAAAAUUGUCUCACUUUAAUUCUGUGCAACUAAACCUGUCCCUUGAAGUAUAAUCCAGCAAAGUAAACGGCCAAAUAUUCUAUAUUAAAGGAAUGCUCACUUCAUUCUUGUUCUUUGGCUUUUUGCUAAGAUAGCUCAGGGUCUGAUAAACAGACCUCUUGUU